AAAUGCUUGAAAAUGAAGGAAGAAUCCGAGCCCUCUUUAUAGGGCUCUGGGAAGAAUAAGCCACAAAAAAGCAGGUUGUUGAUGUCUGGUUGAACAGAGGCAGAGCUCAUCUGAACCAUUUCGCUUCCCGUAGUGAGGCGGGGCACGCGAGUUACAGCCGCAGAGCAGAUUAGCAUCGUUAGAGCUAACAAUAACUAUUUCAUAAAGUGAAGAUCACACGAGCGCAUUUUCUAUCUUUAUAUUUACUCCAGGCUUUAUACCAAUCUUGUUUUUAUGUUUUUUUUCUUGUUCUGCCGCUUCCUAGUAGUUUGUUUGCUUAACAUAAAUGCUAAUGUUAGCUAGCUUUUAAAAAUAUUAAUGUUAGCAUCUGAUACAAAACCGGUUUCUGUGGUUUAAAGCUGUCCAGAAAAAAAAAUAUCUGUUAGAAUGGCCUCAUCGGAUAAAGACAAUGGUUGGUUUGGUGGAGAAGAAGAAGGAGAGGAAGACGCAACUGUGAAAUCGUGUUUUUUGAGUGACUUCAGUGAGAGCAGCGAAACCACAUCCCUCAUCUCCAGCCUCCCAGAUGUCCUCGAGGACCAGAGGACCACCGAGAUCACCAUUCAGAAAUUCUUAGUGAUUAUGAAUCAAUAUCAAGAGCAGCCUCAUCUGCUGGAUCCACAUCUAGAAUGGAUGAUGAACAUGUUAUUAGACUUAAUAAGGAAUGACAACUCUCCACCUUCACUGGUCCAUUUGAGCUUCAAGCUUCUCUUCAUCAUGUGCAAUGUCAGAGGCUAUAAAAUCUUCAUGCAGCUUUUGCCACACGAGGUGUCCGAUGUUCAGCCAGUUCUGGAUCUGAUGUCCAGACAGGAUCCCAAUGAUUUAAAGACUUGGCAAACACGCUACAUGUUGCUGUUGUGGCUGUCUAUGACCUGCCUCAUACCCUUUGACCUUUCUCGUUUGGACGGCCAUCUCGAGUCAAAUGGAGGUAAAACUAGAGAGCCCACCAUGUAUCAAAUUCUCAAUAUUGCAAAGUCUUAUCUACUUGUGGAUGACAGUCCCAGGACUGCUGCAUCUGUACUUGUAUCAAAGUUUAUGACACGGCCUGAUGUGAAACAGAAAUGCCUUGGAGACUUUCUGGAUUGGAGUCUCACCAUAAUAUCGCAGACCAGCGGCUCCUCAGUGAGAGACGCUAGGGUGCUGGACGGCGCUCUGCAGUCUUUGGCAAAGCUUUUUAAACAUGGGAAACGAGACGACCUAUUACGAUAUGCUCCUACAAUUCUGCAGUGUCUGGAGCAGAAACUUCUGUCAGAAAGUACUGAGGCCAAUCUGCGAAAGCUCAGCGUCAAACUCAUCCAAAGGCUCGGCCUCACCUUCCUCAAGCCACGUUUAGCUGCCUGGAGGUACCAGAGAGGCAACCGCUCCCUUGCAGCCAAUCUCUCCAUGUCCCAGCCUAUCACGGCCACUACUGCUGUCACCCGUGAGACGGAGACGCAAGAACAAGAGGAGUAUGACAUCCCAGAGGAGGUUGAGACUGUUAUUGAGCACCUGCUGAUUGGACUGAAAGAUAAGGAAACAAUUGUUCGCUGGUCUGCAGCAAAGGGUAUUGGGAGGGUGACUGGAAGGCUUCCCAAGGAGCUGGCAGAUGAGGUGGUUGGAUCAGUACUUGACUGCUUCAGCUUCCAAGAAACAGAUAACGCUUGGCAUGGAGGCUGCCUUGCCCUGGCAGAACUGGGUCGUAGAGGACUGCUGCUCCCUUCAAGAUUAAUUAAUGUUGUGCCGCUGAUUAUCAAGUCCCUGAUCUUCGAGGAAAAGCGGGGAGCGUGCAGUGUUGGUUCUAACGUGCGCGAUGCCGCCUGCUAUGUGUGCUGGUCUUUCGCCAGAGCUUAUGAACCAAAGGAACUAAACCCUUAUGUCAACCAGAUUGCCAGUGCUUUGCUGAUCGCAGCUGUGUUUGAUCGAAAUGUGAACUGCCGCAGAGCUGCCUCGGCUGCUUUCCAAGAGAAUGUCGGCAGACAGGGAACUUUCCCCCAUGGCAUUGACAUCUUAACAGCAGCAGACUACUUUGCAGUAGGAAAUCUCAAUAACUGCUAUCUGCACAUUAGUGUCUAUAUAGCUGGUUUCCCAGAGUACACCACAUCCUUGAUAGACCAUUUAAUAACCAUGAAGAUCAACCACUGGGAUAGCGUGAUCCGAGAGCUAGCCUCUAAAGCUCUCCACAACCUGACGCCUCAAGCACCCGAUUACAUGGCAUCGACAGUUUUGCCACAGCUGUUGACCAUGGCGGUGGGCCUGGACCUCCAUGGUCGUCAAGGAGCCAUCCUGGCAUGUGGAGAAAUCACACAUGCUCUGUACAAACUGGGCCUUCAGACCAACAGGACCGUGGUGGACAUCAUUUCUCCAGAAUGUGUAGAUGCAUUAAAAAACAUUCACCAUCUGCUACUUGAAAGAAAACAAUACAAGGGCUUUGGUGGAGCACUGAUGAGACCAGCAAUUUUCAGCCUCAUUGAAAAGCUGUCUCUGUCCAAAAUGCCUUUUAAGAACGACCCCAUCAUCGACGGCUGGCAGUGGGUCAUCGAUGACACCAUACAGACUCUUCAUCUCAUCUCAAGUGGCACAAAGGAUGACCUUACUGCUGCAGUGGUCUCAGCUCUCUCUGCUUUGUGUGAGGAGUACUACCAGGACCAAACGGGCCAGGUUGACUCUCAGAUGCAAGAUGCCCUGGUGUCUCGGUACAUUGAAGGACUGAGGAGUCCACAGAUUUUGACUCGAAGCGGAUCUGCUCUCGCCCUCGGCUGUCUGCCAAGACGUAUGAUCCACAGCAAACUUAAGCAGAUCUUAGACAGCCUUCAGCACAUGUGCACUGUCAGCCAAAAGGAGGGCAAUUUCACUGAGGCGAGGAGAGAUGCAGUCAAAUCCAUAGCUCAAGUGUGUAUGAAGGCAGGUGUUUGUGCUCAAGGAUCCCCCGACUCUGUGCUGUGCUCAGAGAAUAUCACUGAUGUGUACAAGGUUCUGCUCAGCAGUCUGAAUGACUACACAAUGGACAGCAGAGGGGACGUCGGAGCCUGGGUAAGAAAAGCAGCAAUGACCAGUUUAAUGGAACUAACCUUGCUAGUGGCCAGUGAAGCUCCAGAAAUCCUCUCACCAGACCUGGUGAAGCCUAUGAUGUGCUGCCUGGUCCAACAGGCAGCGGAGAAGAUUGACUGCUACAGAGCGCACGCUGGUUGCGUCUUCCUGCGCCUCCUUCACAGCACGGAGCCUGCAGUUCCUCACAUCCCCCACAGGGAGGCGCUUGUGAACAUCUUACCUGUUGAGACCAUAACUACUCUAAAUUGGAACGCUGCAUCCCAAGCUUACAAGUACAUCGCACAGCUGCUUGGACUGCCUGAGUAUCAGUACCACACCCUGCUGGGCCUCUGUGUGUCGGCAGGAGGGAUGACGGAGUCCACGGUGCAUUUUUCCUCCCAGUCGCUGUUUGACUUUUUGAAAGGGAUUCAAAACGAUAGCGUUGCUUUGACACAGUUUGGAGAUACGUUGCUGAGGCUUUUCAGAGACAAUCUCCAUAAUCAAAGGGUAUCUCUUUCCUUGCUUAGGGUGCUCAGUCAGAUGCUCUCUAACAGCUGCUUUGAGAUCUUCACCACACAAAAGGAUCAUCCGUUCUGUUUGGACCUUUUAAAUCUUUGCAAAAUGUGCAAGAAGUCCAAAGACAUUUCCAAGCUGCAUGCCUGCAUCGAUGUUUUCUGUGAGCUGAUCCAGUUCCAUGGAGACGUGAGGAAGAACGUUUUGACCCAGCUGCUGCUGCUGCUCUGCCAUCCGUUCCCUGUGAUUAGAAAAAACACAUCCAUUCAGAUGUACGAGAUGCUUCUGACCUACGAUGAUGUCAUUGAUCCAGAGGUGUUGGAUGAUGUCAUGACUUUACUCAGUGAUACUAACUGGGAGAACGACCUCGCCACAGUGCGGCCACACAGGAAUCAGCUUUGUGACUGGUUAGGAGUUCCCAGACCACAACGAGUUGCCAAGGUAACCAUUUAA